AUGACCCAGCCUCGGCCGGACGAGUUCAAGCCGCCUCCGGAGUGCCCAGUCUUCGAACCAAGCUGGGAGGAAUUUGCCGAUCCUUUUGCUUUUAUAAAUAAGAUCCGUCCAAUUGCGGAAAAAACGGGUAUUUGCAAAGUCCGCCCGCCUCCGGUAAGUGUGGUCGAGCUGCUGAAUGGUUCAACAUAAUCUUUAAUACCAUUUUAACAACAAGAAGACUGACAUCAACCACACACUGGGGGGCUUUAAAGGGACAUUUUCAACAUGGCGGAUUAAGGCUUUUUUCUUUUGUGUAUCAUUAAAAUGUUUAUUUAGCUAGCUACAUAAUCUAUCUAGUUUCAAUAACAUUAGAUAGCUACCUGACCCGCGGAGUGUCUUUGUGUAGCAGCAGGAAACGUUAGUGAAAAUGUAUAUUUGUGCUUAACUGAAAACGAAACCGGCUAGCUAGCUAACUGACUUGAACGAGUCGUGAGAUUAUCUUUCGCUAGCGACUGAUGUCAAACAAGCUAUCUAGCUAUAUCUGGCACAAUGACCGACAGCGAAGUCUGCCAGUUAAGUGUAAAAAUACAAGCUAGCCAUCGUUAAUACUACCUAAAACAAACAACGUUUCAAUAAAUAAAAUGUCAAUUUACGUAACGUUAGCUAGCUACAGCCGGACAUGGUUAAUUAACGUUACAGUAGCUAACGUUAGCUAAGUAAGCAGCUAGCUAACUAGACUGGCAGGUGAGAAAUCAUUUGUCUAGCUAGCUUGCUAAAUUGGCUAGUUGUGUCAGGCAAGAAAAAAAUACACAUUUUUAAUAACAGGAAAACUUUUGACUUUUUUUUGACGAUAUGCGUCACUGGAAAUGCCAGAGGCAGACAGGCGUACGGUUAGUGUUACAGAUGCUGUUUAUAUUGUUGAAUGUUGUUUUUGAUGACGUCAUUCAGACAAACUUCUAUCUUCCCACAACUAAGGAUCACAUGUUUAAUUAGUCUUGUUUGGUGUAUCCUAAAUUUAAAUGAUUUCUCAAAAUAUUUUUAGCUGUGUUGACCUUUUUGGGAAUAAAAAACAUUAAUAACCAAAAGAAAAUAAGUAAUCCAUAAGUUAAUAAUAGACAUAAAUCAUAUAACGUAUACAUUAUUGGUUAUAACUACCAGUCAAUAUCGGAUAAAAUGAGUGUUAAUAGCUAAGUAAUUGGAUAGAUUGAUGGAGAUAUCCUGGUGCAAUGGGAUGUUCACUCAGUAGGCCGACAGUUUUUGGGUGUUGUCCUCCAUGUUGGCUUUGUGGUAAACCGGAGCUGUUGAGUUCCAUCUGGCCAUUUUGUUGGUGAUGUUAGUUAGGCUAGUGCGUUUUAAGAUAAGAAAUCAAUCGUGCUGUAUGCUCUACAAUGCUCAUAUUGUAACCCUAAAUAACUAAUUAUAUUGAGGAAAAAAGUACUUUGACCUAUUUAUGUGAAAUUAAAAUAAUCCUACAUGUCUGCAAUACCCCCUUUCAAAGAGACUCCAUCUACCCUACUUAAAGCCAAAUGACUUAGGUCCUGCCGAUGGCCAAUGUAAAACGUUUUUGUUGAUUUUGAUGUAACUCAAUUACGACAGGAGACCCAUAGACAGACUCACAGACUUAUAGGCUAAACAUCUGUUACUGACCGGUGUUCCAAAUGGGACAAUGACUGGUUUAUUGUAAGAUGUCCCCAUACUUUGUAUAAUUUUGUGAACUACUUGUAUUUCAGCUAGUAAUUUAACUACAUGUUGCAGUAGCUUGGUGCUAGUUGAACUACAUUUAAAUAUUGGUACUGUUUUUAGUAGUUAAUCACUUUUUGCCAUGUAGCCAACUACUGGAACUACACACUACUUUUUUUGCUCAAAUAAAAUAUGGGUGAAGUAGGCAAUAAUUCACUUUUUCAGCAUCAGACCUGCCCAAUUCUCACUUGAAAGAUCGUUAAACAUUCUGUUAACAUCUGACUCCAGAGUGAUAUGUUCUUGCAAUUUGUAGUCUGACAUUUCAAAUUGAGAUAUGAUAAUUUAUCACUAAGUAGUUUGGAUGUAGUGAGCUACUUUUUCAAAGUAACUUUAGUUAAGUAAACUAUAUUUUUCUAAGGGUAGAUUCAGUGUAGCUUAAUUUCUUCCAGUGUGAAGUAAUUGGAAGCUUGGUAAACUAUAUUUUCAGAGUAGCUUUCCCAACACUGACAACAGGCCUAUUUUAUUAUGUGUCCUAUGGAAGGCACAUUUUAAUAAUUCUAUUUUGUUGUUGUAUGUUCAUAGGGCUGGCAGCCCCCAUUUGCAUGUAAUGUUGACAGACUGCACUUCACUCCUCGGAUACAGAGGCUCAAUGAACUAGAGGUAAGUAGGUCACUUUGCAUUAUGUGUAACCUAGGUCUUAGUUUCCAUAAACAAUACCCUUGAUGAUAUGCACCAUAUGCAGGAUGCACCCCUUUGAAACCCAGGCCUAUAGAGGGGAAUUUAACUGAUUGGUCAGGGUCUCGGUCAAUGCAAUUGUCUUGUUGACGAAGCACUGAAGGUUCUGUUGUGCCUACCAUUAUUAAUCACCCCCUUCAGAAGCUUUGGUGAAAGGAAGGUCAAAGGUUGCUUGUGCAGGAGUUGGUCAGCAGAAAUAUUGUCUUUUCAGUUCACCAAUAUUUGUUUAUUGCAUCACAUUGAUGAGUCAGGAGACUGAUUAUUAUCACCUACAUUUCAAUUCCUACAGUGACUGUUAGAUAUCACCUAGUGUAUGUUCCCCUUGCCUAGGCACAGACCAGAGUCAAGCUUAACUUCUUGGACAAGAUCGCAAAGUUCUGGGAGUUGCAGGGGUGUUCUCUGAAAAUUCCUCACGUGGAAAGGAAGAUAUUGGACCUGUAUCAACUCAACAAGGUUGGGUGUUUAGUAUUGUUUCAAACUACUAUGCAUUUAUUCCAUCUGAAAUAGCAUUGAACAGCAUCCACUGACUAUAAUUAACUUAGACACAUUUUAUUUCAGAAUGUUGCAGAUGAGGGCGGAUUUGAUAUUGUGUGUCGCGACAGACGGUGGACGGCGAUUGCACUUAAGAUGGGCUUUGCUCCUGGCAAGGCUGUGGGCUCUCACCUACGGUCACACUAUGAGAGAAUCCUCUACCCCUACAACCUCUUCCAGAGUGGAGCCAACCUCCUGGUAAGUUGGACAGAUGCCCUAACACCCAUGGUUAAUCUGUCUGUGUCUGUUCACAUUGCACUCAGCGCUUUAUGCACUAGCUAAUGCUGUGUUAAGCGCUUGGUUGGCUCAUCUGUAGGCAAGUUGGGCACUGUUCAACCAUAGUUAUACUGCUGUUAUUGUGGAAGUACUAUAUGUUUGUCUAAUGUGAGGAUCAUUUUCAAUAUUGAAUAAAUGGAUUGAAAACUGCAGAGUGAAUAUAGAUUGGGGCUUUGUUGUUGUUAACUUUCCAAGCUCUCUCUUGCUUUAGGCACCAGAGCUUGCUUCCAAGCUGAUGUGUUUAGUGUCUGCCCCUGAACUUGACACGGUAUGGCUGCCUCAUGGUUAUUAUCUAAGAAUGAACAAAUAGCACAUGUCUAUGGUGGUUAUGGCAUAGUUUGGAGUUUUUGCUUACACAGAAAUGUUACAGACCAUUCUAUGUUUAAAAUUGUCUCAUUGUGCUUUGUCUGUGCGCCACUGUCCUUGCUGCCAUAGACAUGUGUGCCAUGUCUUUUGUUUUGCUUGUAUGUUAAUUCUACAUUUGUAAUGCAUUAACUGUAUGUAUUGUGUAACAUUACAUUGUAUAUGAUAUCACUAAUGUUCCUAUCCUAUGGUGCCUAUGCCUGCAGUUUGUCCAGAAGCCAACCCUGCCAGUUGACACGAGUGACAAGGAGUACAAACCCCAUGACCUGGCCGAGAGGCAGCAGUUUGUCCAGCCAGCCGAGUCCUGCUGCAACAGCGCCCGCAGAGCAAAGCGGAUGAGAGUUGAGGUAGAUGCUCUUGUCAAACAGAGCCUCACACACUUGUCAGAAGAACUCCUCAUAAAACCAGUAAUUCAGAUUGCAGAAACUACCCUGUAACCAUCUACUCUCCUUUAAAUCCUUAAGUCACAAAAUGAAGUGUAAUUAGCUUAAAGCCUUAUGUGUGUUAUCUUAAUUAUUCAUGAAUGCAUUGGCACAUCACUGCUCUCUGUUGCAUAUAAACUUUGUAACAUCAUUAGUGGUAGUUACAAUAGUUAACUUGAACUCUAUUUCCACCGACAGUCCGGUUGUGUGAAGACUGAACCAGGAACUGAACCCUGUGAGAACAGACCAAAUCUGAGGAGGAGGAUGGGCUCCUUUGUUGCCAAGUCCGAGCCAGGUCAGUACCAACAAGGCUUUACUUCAACCACAGAAGAGUUAAGACAAUAUGUGAUCAGUGCCAAUAUCCAUGAAUUUGUAUACAAUUUAGAAUCAAGCCAUGUAUUGGGCAAUGUAUUUUAAUAUGUAAGCUAGUGUGAAUUUUGGAACAUAGUGUAUGAUAUUCAGGCUAGGGAGUAAGAUGCACCAUGGGUAAUUCAUGAGUUAAAUCAUCUGAUGUUCCUCAUUAUGCUCAUCAUAUGUAAUUUUUCUUUGCAGAAAAAGAAAUUCCCAUUCUAGUGAAACAAGAACCCAUCGGGCCAGUGAGCGAGGCAGACGAAAACAAGUCUCGAUAUAAGAAAAAACCCAGUCUUGAUGUCCCACCUCCUGCAGUGAGUGUAGUAAGUGUGGAUUUAUUUGAUCCAUUCUUUGGAUGAGAGAGAAUACUCUAAAUGGAUUAUCAACAUUAUUGUGUCUUUACACUAGAACACGUUUUAUACAUCUUUGUGCAGCAUAUAGGUUUUAACAAAUGUGAACAAAAGUUGAAUUGUAGUCCCUUUGGUUAUUCCACUUCAAGAAUGUGUCAUGUAGUUUAUAGAUGGUUCUGUUGUUUAGUUAUUAUAUAGUUCAUUAGUUGUGUAUUAACAGGGGUGAAGAAAUAGCUUCUGUCAGGAACAACUGGAACAAAGCCCUUUCUUCCCUCUGUUCGGUAGGUGGACCUGUAUAUGUGUCUGGUGUGUGGCAGCGGGAGUGACGAGGAUCGUCUUCUGCUGUGUGAUGGCUGUGACGACAGUUACCACACCUUCUGUCUCAUACCCCCUCUACACGACGUCCCCAAAGGAGAUUGGAGGUGCCCCAAGUGCCUGGCUCAAGUGAGUAGUGAUGUCUAUUCACCUCAUCACACCAAUAACCACAUUUACAUUUCACAGACAAUCUGUACUGGCUCCUGUGAGUGUAUGAUAUGAAUGUGUUCAGCUCUGUUACAUAUACAGAGUACCUUUGUGUUUGUCUGUGAAUUUAAAACUUAUUGAGGUGUGCUUUCUACCUCUUUGUUUAUUUUGAAUAGGAAUGCAGCAAACCUCAGGAGGCAUUUGGCUUUGAGCAGGCAUACAGGGACUACUCUUUGCGGGCUUUUGGUGAAAUGGCAGACUCCUUCAAAUCUGAUUACUUCAACAUGCCAGUUCAUGUAAGUAGAAAAUGUCUAAUCAUCAAGGAAGUUCUAAGAUUUUUGAAGUGUUGUAAUUUAUUCACAACUGUCAUCAAUGGAAUAUGAAAUAGCAUUUUUAACAUUUCAUCGGGGCGGACUGGCCAUCUGGCAUUUUGGGCAAAUGCCAGAUGGGCUGGUCCAUUUUUAGCCCAGUGGGCCUGUCCCACUUCAGUUUUUUUUCUCGCAAAAAUGAUCAUUACUUGGCUAAUAAUGGGGGCCUCGAAGAAAAAAAAUGGCCUCAAUGGGGGGGGGGAAUGGGCAGGUGUGUUAGAAAUGCCAGGGCCGAUUUCUGGUCCUAGUCCGCCCCUGCAUUUCAUUGUGUUUGUUUCAGAUGGUUCCCACAGAGUUGGUGGAAAAAGAGUUCUGGCGCUUGGUGAGCACCAUCGAGGAGGACGUCACAGUGGAGUACGGAGCAGAUAUAGCUUCCAAGGAGUUUGGGAGCGGAUUCCCCAUCAGAAAUGGAAGAUUUAAGGUUUCAGAAAAGGAUGAGGUAGGCAGCUGUAUUCAAAUGAAUGGCUAACCAAACCAGUACAGUAUAUCACACAGUAGACUCAUGAUAAAAUGGCUAAACUUUUCUUUCAAUGUCAUGUCUUGUCAAUGUACCAUUGUAUCAGAAUAAAAAUAUAUUAUUUAAAAAAAUGCUCAACUCUUUCUUUACCAUGAUCUCUUUCAGAAGUACCUGAAGUGUGGCUGGAACCUGAACAACAUGGCGAUGAUGGACCCGUCAGUGUUGACUCAUGUCACAGCAGACAUCUGUGGAAUGACUCUACCAUGGCUCUAUGUAGGCAUGUGCUUUUCCUCCUUCUGCUGGCACAUCGAGGACCACUGGAGCUACUCCAUCAACUACCUGCACUGGUACUGAUGUUUAUUUAGGGAUGUUGAAAUUAAAUAAUAAAUGAAGUAGUAACAUACAAUCAUAACACAAAGUGCCAUUUUGCUUAUGAUCAUUGCUAUUUCGUUUUCCACAUUUUCUGUAUGGAGUCCAGACAAUAUUUUCAAGUUUAGAAUUUCACUUAAAAUGCUUUGUUUGCAUGAUGUUCCUGACUCAAGCUCUGUGUUUGUGAAAGGGGGGAGCCGAAGACAUGGUAUGGAGCACCUGGCUUUGCUGCAGAACAGCUUGAGGCUGUGAUGAAGAAGCUGGCCCCAGAGCUGUUUCAGAUUCAGCCUGACCUCCUCCACCAGCUGGUCACCAUCAUGAACCCCAACACCCUCAUGUCUCACGGGGUCCCUGUAAGUUUCUCAAUGUAACUAGACUUACAACCAUGUAUUUCCAUAGAAUAGUAUAUAAUUUUAGUAACGGAUGAAUUAAUCUGAAAUCAAUAUUUUCUGUGUCCCCAGAUUUACAGAACAAAUCAGUGUGCCGGUGAGUUCGUCAUCACCUUCCCCAGAGCUUAUCACAGUGGUUUCAACCAAGGCUUCAACUUCGCUGAGGCUGUCAACUUCUGCACUGUGGACUGGGUAACAUACUCAUUGGCUUCAAGCAUCCUUUCAUUGUUUUACAGAGAAGGAUAGAGCUGAGCAUGUUCUCUUCCUUUACCUAAGUGCCUCAUUGACAUUAUCUUGGAAGGGGUAGUUUAUGUGGAGUGGACUGUUUACUAAUAUAGUCUCUCUUUGGUUAAUCUCAGAUGGCAUUAGGCCGACAGUGUGUUGACCACUACAGACUGCUGCAUCGGUACUGUGUUUUCUCCCACGACGAGAUGAUCUGCCAGAUGGCCUCCAAGGCCAACAGUCUGGACGUGGUCCUGGCGUCGGCUGUCCAGAAGGAUAUGAAGGAUAUGAUCAGAGAGGAGCAGGACCUACGAGAUAAAGUCCGCAAGAUGGUAAGGAGCCCCCACAACAGACAGAAUGAUAUAUCAAAAUGACUUUUCUCUUUUCAAGGAAUAUCAAACACUAAUGAGACAUUGUUCACUCCAAUUAAGGAGAACUGUCUGUAAAUGCAAAUCAAAACGGUCUCUCUCGGGUCUCCAUUUAUAACAUAGUUGUGUUUUUUGUAUUUCUCCACAAGGGGGUGUUGCAUUGCCAGCAGGCGGAAUACAAUCUCCUGCAGGACGACGAGCGGCAGUGUGCCAAGUGUAGGACCACUUGUUACCUGUCUGCCAUCACCUGCCCCUGCAGCCCUGGUCAGCUGGUCUGUCUCCACCACAUCCAAAACCUCUGCUCCUGCCCCCUCACCAACUACACACUGAAGUGAGUCAUGUCCUCAGUCCUGUCCUCCGAUUUACCGUCUAUGCCAUCUACAGAUGUCAGCUCUUAACCUGAUCACGCUUUUGUUGCGGAGAAUUUUCCUGAUGCAUUGGGAAAUUCAAAUUAGCCUUGUGAUUGGCAAAGAAUUAGCAGUUCUCGUUCUCUUCAUGCGGGGGCAGUCAAGUCAUUGGGAUCAGGGCUUGCUGUCUUAAAAUAAUGUUCUCGCUCGCUCGCUUAAAUGCUAUAGUCCUAAGUCCUAUUACUGCAACAUUCAAAUGUACAAACAUUUAUCUGAAAUACAGCCAUACACAUCAACAACCAUAGUUUUAUAUAUCUUAAUAACACAAGAUAUAUAUUGGUCUCCACUAGGCUACGACAUACAAGUGUCUAGUGUAUCCUAAGGUUACGAAUGAACUGUCAAAAUGUAGUUCAAUUCCGGCCCAAGCCUUUCUGGCACAAAAAACACAAUCUCCCGAUUGACUUGAUGUAGUAACACAUUUAAAAUAUGGACAUUCCAGUAUUAUUUUACCCUCUAUCUUGAUAAGAAAUUACCAUACCAGACACUUUUGGAUAACAUAAAUAGUAAACAAUUAAAAUAAUAAUAGUACAGCAACAUUAGUUUCCAUUCAUACAAAUGUCGGAUAAAUUGCCACAGAUUAGCCAUGGUAAACAAGGAAAUACUUUUUAUUUCUAUCGUACAGAAUGCGUGUCAAAUAGAUACAGUAAAUCUCCCUUAGUCUGUUCAAAAAGGACUACGUUGUUCCCAUGACAAUACCAACCAGAGGACGAACAUAUCUUGAAAGACUUUGGUUGCAAGCAGGACUAAGUCCGAGAGGAAGAGGUGACGCGAGAGGGCUCACUCUCACCAAAAUAAGUCCAGAACAAGCCCAAUGCGUUUCUAUGGGCUUAAUAUGCAGACCAAAGCUUGUUGCCUGCCUUUGGGAUGACUACCAUUGUUAGGGUGGAGACAUGAGCAUCUCAUCAUUAUUUACCGAUCUGACUAAGGUAACACUGACAACUUUUAGGGAGUGGUAAUGAUGUGUUCAAUAAUGUUUGCAAUUGAGAUCAGCUGUGCGGGUGAAUUUAACGCAUAUUGAUGGUUUAAUGAGAUAUCAGUUGGCGAUAAUCUAGUUCUAUCGAUUGGUUGCAAUAGGCCCCUUGUUAUUUGAUUAUGUUCUAAUAGGCUACAUUUUGUAGGCAACCAUUAGCCUAUCAAUAGUCACAUAAUGAAAGGUGUGAAAACCGAUAAUCUACGGUUUGUGUUUCCCUGGCUAAAUUGAUGAGCUGACUUGGGCCAUCAGUUGAUUGACAGAUGUAGGCCUACUGUAGAACGAUAAACUUUCCUCCAGUGUGGAUGGUCGCCCAUGUUUUCUAGUUAGGCAAUGUAUAAUUUGCAGAGGUAGAGUACUGAAAAUCUGUACUUAAGUAAAAGUACUGUUACUUUUACUAAGUAAAAUUAGCCUUCUCAAAAAAGUAAAAAAAAGUAUCCAGUCAGAAAACCACUUAAGUACCAGAAACAAAUUUAGUUUUACAGCUUAUGGUAAACUGUGACUGCAAACAAAAAGGACAAAAAUGUAUUUGACAUUCACUUAUUAGAGCCUGCCAGCACCAUCUUGCAGAAGUUCCCCAGCACAGGUAUGUCAGUGGUCAAUGAAGACUGACAUCAAACAAAGUCCGUAGGCUGUACAGUUUCAAUGAUGGUCAUUCAAUGUUGACUUAAUAUCUAUCAAUGUGCACAAUUUCUUAAAAAGGUAUAUGGUACUCGAGACAUUAGAAUCAUUUUACAAUUUCAAUAGCGUUAAUGAAAAUGUACAGACAAAACCGGAUUUACCGUCCUUCUCUUCCGAACCUCUUCUCUCCCUCAGUUGGGCUGCUACAAGCUGUAAAUGAAAAUACAUUUUUCUAGUAUAUGGCACAAAAAGCUUAAUGAGAUGAUACACUGACUGUAUGACAGGUGCUUAUAGACCUUGUCAUAAAAACAGAAUGACAUUUAGAUACGCACACACACACGGAGUGGGAGAGAGCAAUGCGUGGGAGGAUGCUGCAGUGGACUGACCUGUUGAUAUAGAUAACGUUAGCUAGCUACAUGGUUGACACUGCAGCUAGUUUAACCAGUUUAUCUAGUGGCAACGGAAUGUGAAAGCUAGUUAGCUAUUGCCCACACACAUCUGAUUAAUCUGUUCACUCUAUGCCAAUGACAAGGUGGCUAGUUAGCCAACAAGCAGAGAUUAUAUGGGGAGAUAAAAAACUAACUUUUUCAGUCAUUCUGUGUUAGCCAAAACUAGCUAACUAUUUAGCUACCUAGCCAUUUGAUUUGCACUUGUCCUCAAAACACAAUUUCAACAGUAGAAUUAUAUCUUAGAAAUACUUAUCUUACACACCCUCUCUUGCGCCCUUAACUUCACCUGCUUUCAAAUGAGUUACAACUCGGUCCACACGCCCUGGUGCCACACUCUUGGCUCCCCUCUUCCUGCCACUGUAGCCAUAUCACAAAGUGAAUGCACAAGCUGCAUAUUUUGAAUGCCUUCAGGGACCAGGGCCUGUGGUUUCUGGGAAGGGGCCUUUGCAGGGUCCCCCACACAAUGUACGUAUUUAUGAUGGCAAUGUUGAGCAUCCCCCAAAACACAUACUUUCACAAUUUUCUGCCUGUGCGUCCAACAUUGUAAUAGCUCCUCAGUUGGUCAAGAUGGUCAACCCCGCCCAUAUUCUUGUUGUAAUCCAUUACAAGCACUGGAACAGAUAUGUUCCUACCACUUUUAAAAACCACUCCAAAACCCCUGCCACUGUCACUUUAGGCCCAGGCUGUGGGGUACAAGGGUGAAUGGUUGGACUUCUGGAUUUUUGUUUUAGAUUCCGUCUCUCACAGUUGAAGUGUACCUAUGAUAAAAAAUUACAGACCUCUACAUGCUUUGUAAGUAGGAAAACCUGCAAAAUCGGCAGUGUAUCAAAUACUUGUUCUCCCCACUGUAUCUGCUGUUUACUUAUUUCACUCACCUCGCCAUCAUCGCCUUUCAAAGUGCAAUGAUGUGUGCAAAUCCCUAUCACCAACCAAUAUAAAGAUAAAGCCUCUUUCACAGUGAAAAGUUGUCUGCUUCGGUGCUUUCAUUUUGAGUAAUGAAGUAAAACAAAAACGUUAAAGUCAAAUGACAGCAUCCACGCGAAUACGACAACAGGUUGUUAGCGAGUUAAUUUUGCGAUAUUGACACAGAUAAUAUUGUUAGAAAAGAAAGGCCGUCGUCGGCCGCUAUGGGUUCUUUAACCUGUCUCCUCCCCUUCAUCUACACCACGUCAAACUCAUUCCACGGAGGGCCGAGUGUCUGCGGGUUUUCGCUCCUCCCUUGUACUUGAUUGAUUAAUUAAGUUCACUAAUUAGUAAGGAACUCCCCUCACUUGGUUGUGUAAGUCUUAAUUGAAAGGAAAAAACUAAAACCCCAGACACUCGGUCCUCCAUGGAAUGAGUUUGACACCCCUGAGCUACACCCAUUUUAAGUGGAUUUAACAAGUGACAUCAAUAAGGGAUCAUAGCUUUCACCUGGUCAGUCUGUCAUGGAAAGGGCUGGUGUCCUUAAUGUUUUGUACACUGUAUAAUAUUACAAAUGCAGAAGGUAAUUAAAGUGCAACUUACAAAAAAAUAAUCAGGAGUGAAGUGUGCUUCACUUCAAGAGCUUGGUGGAGAUAACUGGGUUUGACAGACAACUUUGAGCCAAUGGACAUAAGCGUUUUGAUGACAAGCUAUUUUGAAUACAUUUCAUUGGGCAAUGGGGUAGGGCUGUUGCAGUGACUGUAUUAGCGGGAGUCAUGACCGCAGUAAAUUUCCACGUGAUCGUUGAGUCACAGUAAUCUCCUCUUAUACACUGGACAUUGUCACGAUCGUUGAGAGAGACGGGUCAGACCAAGGUGCAGCGUGCGAUGUGAACAUGUUUAUUUAUUAUAAACACAAACCAACGUAACGUGAAGUCCAAGGCUAUACACAAUACAAGCCUAACACAGGAACAAGAUCCCACAAACAUAGUAGGCAAACAGGCUACUUAAGUAUGAUCCCCAAUCAGAGACAACGAGCGACAGCUGCCUCUGAUUGGGAAUCCCACCCGGCCAAACAUAGAAAAACAAAUCUAGAUCCUACACAUAGAAAACAUCACAUAGAUUCCCACACCCUGACUAAACCAACAAGAGUUCCAUACAUCAGGGCGUGACAGACAUGCAUUGGUAGUACCCAACUCGCUAAUGAUCAUCAGGUCACUAAUGGCCUGCAAGGGCUCUAUUGUCCCUCUAACCACUCUGACAUCAAUGCAAAUGCAAUCGAAAAUCACAUCAAACACUUCUCAUCAAAACAGUAUCUUGCUUUUAAAACUCACCUCACUUUGAUUGAUCAAUUUGAAAAAGAAGUUCAACAACAGGUUGAAACUAAGUGGAAAACAUGGUAGUUGUGGAUGUUUCAAAGCCUAAAAAAACGAAAUGGACAGCACUUUCUAGGGUGAUUGAUUAAUUCAAAACACCCAUAUGCAGGGUUCGCACAAGAUGCUUGAGGUGCUUAAAGUACUUAAAUUUGGCACUCUGAAAUUUAAGGACUGGAAUACCUUAAUAAUCAAACAUUUUCUUGUUGGUACUUGAAAAGUACUUGAAUUAAAAUGAGAGGAGAACAGAAAAUGAUAAAUGUUAAUAUGAAAAAUAUUAGAAAUAUUUAUUGAUCUUAUUAAUUUCCAGGCAGACUGCCGAGUUUAAUUUUCUCACGUGUUUCGCACUCUGAUUGCCAGGCGAGCUCGCUCAUUCCACCCACACUGCCACUCAGCCAGGCAGGUACAGAACUGACUGAUUAGGCGCCGCCAAACGUCACAUCGAUAGCUAAAAUAUCAGGCAAAUAUAGAUUCAAGCCUGCCUUUUGUGCGUAUGGAACAUUCCUGGGAUAUUUUAUUUCAGCUCAUGAAACAUGGGACCAGCACUUUACAUGUUGCGUUUUAUAUUUUUGUUCAGUAUAGUUUACCCAAUUAAUUUUUUACCACUACAUCACUGGACCCAACCAAACCACACUGUGUAAGGUGCAAAAAAUGUGUCAGACUGACAUUGCGAGCAUGAAUCAGCCCUGAAGGGGGAAAGACACAACGAUGCAUCCUGCGCUGGCGCCAGUUCUACAUUGUGACUUUUUCUCUCCAGAGCUUUUUGCCUCAUUCAAGGGGCGCCUGCGAUAUUCCGCUUGAUCAAGCCGCAGCUGUGGUCCUGCCAUUCUGGUGGCCGUUCACAUACCGUUUUCCUCACACAGCCACUCGCCCCUCUCCCAACCGACAUUAAAGCUGCCAGUCGGAAGCAAGGCGCUUUUUCGUAGCUAUUUAGUAGAUUGCUAAAUGCCCACUAAAAAUACAAUGCAGUCAUUAAGCGGGAAUUGUGUAGUAAUGUGAAUAGAAAAUGUGUGUUCACUAGUAGGCAUGUCUCAAAACUCAUCACUACUCAAAUUAUAACAUCAUCAGUACUGACUUACCACUCAUGUAUGUAGUAAAUAAGUAGUGAAACUUAUUAUUAAGUAGAACUUGUAAGGGAGUGAUGGUGAUAUACUGCCAUCUGGUGGCGACUAUAAACAAUUGUAUAAUAGGAACUAUUACAUAUUGAUGGUCCUUGAAAAUAAAUAUUUGUGCUUGAAAAAGUAUUUGAAAGUCCUUGAAUUUGACUUGCCACUGUCUGUAUGAACCCUGCAUAUGCAUAUUAGCACUUAUUCCUAUGCAUAUAAAUAAUGGAUUUAUUGUGAUGGUGUAUAUUUAAAUUGAUUUAUUAGACUUUUUAAAAUGUAGAUGUUCCAAAGGCACGCAUCAGCGGCUUGAAUGCGGCUUGUAUGCGUGGAGGCCUGGAGAUGCUAAAUGUGUGUGUGUGUGUUAAUUAACGGUCAAUUACUGUGACACCGGCAACCUUUUGCAUGACAAUAACCGGCGGACAACCUUUUUGGUUAGGUUGCUCAUCCGACAGCGACGAUAUAAUAAUAUAAAUCUAUGUAACUUUAGUGAUUUGGUCAAAUGCAAAGGAGUAAAAAUUAAGUUACUUCCAUCAGAAAUUACUUGAGUAAGAGUACAAGUACAGCCCACAGACAGUAACUAGAGUUCUGUCUGUGGGUCAGUAGUGGGCCAGAUUCGAACUCAUGCCUACUCUGACAUGUGUGCCAUUGUCAGCAGCUGUACCCACUGGACCACACAGGUGCUGAAAUAAACAUUUAAGUUAUUUUGUCUAAUUCUUGCCUAGAACAUAUAAAACAAAUUAUCAAAAAACACAUCAACACCAACAAAUAUUGUCAAUUUAUUAUAGUCCACAUAAGAAUUCACACGAGACACGCUGUAGCCUGCAUGUAGCUUACAUAGGCUACUUGAACUGACGAACAGUGGACCUGCAGUCUAAAUUAUUGUAUAGCAUACAAACACUGCUUCCAGCUUCCCCCUGGCGGUGAUUCUAAAUAUUAAAUAUCCUUUCAAAUCCUCCUGCUGCAGGAUUAUUUCCAUCCUGCAACGAAAUGGCUCAUAUUAAGAUCCGACAUCUGUAUACUGUUCUGUUGUCCACAACAACUACACACUGAAGUCCAGGGGGCACAUUCAGCAGGGGGAACAUUCAGAUGGAGAUAUAUUAUGAAAACAUGUAGAAUAAGGAAUCACGCAUGCAGGACAUUUAUGUGGUUCUGGUUUCAUCGGAUGCCUCAAAUAUACAGUGUUCUCUUGUUCACACCGAUAUGGCUUCAAUCUCCACAUAUAUUUAUUUUCCUUUCUCUGCUUGCAGUUAUAGAUUUACACUGGAUGAGCUGUACCCCAUGAUGAACGCGGUGAAGCAGCGAGCUGAGUUCUAUGACGAGUGGGCCUCCCACGUGACAGAGACUCUGGAGGCUAAACUGGACAAGAAAAAAAGUGAGAGAUGAAUUCACCUUGUCUAUGUACAUUAGCAGUGCUUUUUAGGGAAGUAUUAGGCUUAAUAUGGGUCCUGGAAACUGGCCCAUAGAGACUGCAAUUAGUUGUGAAUGAGGCCUCACACCCUUCUCGUUUAUAAAGCACUUUGCCUGUGUAAUUAAUUAUUGUGACCGUCUCUCCUCAGGCUUGUCAGUCUUCCGCUCCCUCAUCAAUAAAUCAGAGUCGAAGAUGUUCCCUGACAACGACCUCCUGCGUCAGCUUCGUUUAGUCACACAGGACGCAGAGAAAUGCUCCUCAGUUGCCCAGCAGCUACUCAACGGCAAAAGGCAGACCAGGUAACUUCCACAGUCCAGUAAAAGAGGACCACUGGUUCAUUUUCCUCCCUCGCCGCAAACAUGAUCCACUAUGCCUGUGUCUUUUAAUAUUGUAUUCCUCAAUCAACAGUGUUAUUCUAAUUUGCUCACCAAUGAUGUAUAAAGACAUGUGCGUAUUUGAAUAUGAUUCAAGGUUUGUCAUGAUUGCCUCUCCCAGGUAUCGCUGUGGUGGGGGGAAGACACAGAGCCAGCUGACUGUGGAGGAGCUGAGGUCAUUUGUCAGGCAACUGUACAACCUCCCCUGCAGCCUCCCCCAAGCCCCCAAAUUAAAGGUAUUGUAAACCAAUGUCUCAAUGCCAUCAUGAUAUUGAAGCCAUUAGAAAACUGAAUUGAUAACAAUAAUCAAGAGGCCUCUGUUUGAAGCAAUUGAUCAGAGAAUAUUGGAAAAAAACAAAUCUCAAUAGUUAUUUUGAUCAUAACUGAUAUCUGAAUUCUGUAUUUUUUUUUCCUCUUAGGAGCUCUUGAAUUGCAUUGAAGACUUCCAGCAACACAGUGAGAAGCUCCUGGCAGACGAGACCACCGGCACAGCAGAGAUCCAGAGUCUUCUAGACAUUAGCUUUGACUUUGACGUGGAGCUCCCUGAACUUCCAUUACUACGGGAGAGACUGGCGCAAGCCCGCUGGCUAGAGGGGGUGCAGCAGGCCAGCACCCAGCGCUCCACCCUGACCCUGGAGACCAUGCGGAGGCUGAUAGACCAGGGCGUGGGUCUGACCCCUCACCGCUCUGUGGAGAAGGCCAUGGCUCGCCUGCAGGAAUUGCUCACGGUGUCUGAACACUGGGAGGACAAGACCAGCAGCCUCCUCAAGGCCAGGUGAGGGCCGCACACAGAGGGUUUCUCUUUUUAAAUCUGUAAUCUGUAAACCAGGGAUUCCAUUUUUUUUUUUUUUGGAAUCUGAUUUGAAAGAAGACCGACCUAAAUGUAGUUAAAGGUGCUACACAGGAUUUAAAAAGAUUAUUGCAUUGUAAUUUCAGAAAAUCUCCAUAAUAUAUCUGGCGCUAAUAGUGGAAUGAUAGUGUUUCACAGUAUUAAUUACCCACCAGUGUUGUGAUUGGCUGUGAUAUUCGCAUAUUGAUUUCUCCUGCCGGAGAAUUUUAGCAACCAGGGAAAUAGCUAUUUCCACUAGAUAACACAGCCACAAAGUCUGAACAGCUUUCAUUUUACAUUUACAUUUUAGUCAUUUAGCAGACGCUCUUAUCCAGAGCGACUUACAGUUAUUGAGUUUGACAACAGAUGCCGCUCCAGCGGGAUAAAUAAAUAGGCGAAUAUCACUGCCAAUCACAACACUGGCGGGUAAGUAAUACUGUGAAACACUGUCAUUCCACUAAUAGCGACAGAUACUGUGGGGAGAACAAGUAUUUGAUACACUGCCGAUUUUGCAGGUUUUCCUACUUACAAAGCAUGUAGCGGUCUGUAAUUUUUAUCAUAGGUACACUUCAACCGUGAGAGACGGAAUCUCACGGUUGAAGUGUAAAAAUCCAGAAAAUCACAUUGUAUGAUUUUUAAGUAAUUAAUUUGCAUUUUAUUGCAUGACAUAAGUAUUUGAUACAUCAGAAAAGCAGAACUUAAUAUUUGGUACAGAAACCUUUGUUUGCAAUUACAGAGAUCAUACGUUUCCUGUAGGUCUUGACCAGGUUUGCACACACUGCAGCAGGGAUUUUGGCCCACUCCUCCAUACAGACCUUCUCCAGAUCCUUCAGGUUUCGGGGCUGUCGCUGGGCAAUACGGACUUUCAGCUCCCUCCAAAGAUUUUCUAUUGGGUUCAGGUCUGGAGACUGGCUAGGCCACUCCAGGACCUUGAGAUGCUUCUUACAGAGCCACUCCUUAGUUGCCCUGGCUGUGUGUUUCGGGUCGUUGUCAUGCUGGAAGACCCAGCCACGACCCAUCUUCAAUGCUCUUACUGAGGGAAGGAGGUUGUUGGCCAAGAUCUCGCGAUACAUGGCCCCAUCCAUCCUCCCCUCAAUACGGUGCAGUCGUCCUGUCCCCUUUGCAGAAAAGCAUCCCCAAAGAAUGAUGUUUCCACCUCCAUGCUUCACGGUUGGGAUGGUGUUCUUGGGGUUGUACUCAUCCUUCUUCUUCCUCCAAACACGGCGAGUGGAGUUUAGACCAAAAAGCUAUAUUUUUGUCUCAUCAGACCACAUGACCUUCUCCCAUUCCUCCUCUGGAUCAUCCAGAUGGUCAUUGGCAAACUUCAGACGGGCCUGGACAUGCGCUGGCUUGAGCAGGGGGACCUUGCGUGCGCUGCAGGAUUUUAAUCCAUGACGGCGUAGUGUGUUUCUAAUGGUUUUCUUUGAGACUGUGGUCCCAGCUCUCUUCAGGUCAUUGACCAGGUCCUGCUGUGUAGUUCUGGGCUGAUCCCUCACCUUCCUCAUGAUCAUUGAUGCCCCACGAGGUGAGAUCUUGCAUGGAGCCCCAGACCAAGGGUGAUUGACCGUCAUCUUGAACUUCUUCCAUUUUCUAAUAAUUGCGCCAACAGUUGUUGCCUUCUCACCAAGCUGCUUGCCUAUUGUCCUGUAGCCCAUCCCAGCCUUGUGCAGGUCUACAAUUUUAUCCCUGAUGUCCUUACACAGCUCUCUGGUCUUGGCCAUUGUGGAGAGGUUGGAGUCUGUUUGAUUUAGUGUGUGGACAGGUGUCUUUUAUACAGGUAACGAGUUCAAACAGAUGCAGUUAAUACAGGUAAUGAGUGGAGAACAGGAGGGAUUCUUAAAGAAAAACUAACAGGUCUGUGAGAGCCAGAAUUCUUACUGGUUGGUAGGUGAUAAAAUACUUAUGUCAUGCAAUAAAAUGCAAAUGAAUUACUUAAAAAUCAUACAAUGUGAUUUUCUGGAUUUUGUUUUAGAUUCCGUCUCUCACAGUUGAAGUGUACCUAUGAUAAAAAUUACAGACCUCUACAUGCUUUGUAAGUAGGAAAACCUGCAAAGUCGGCAGUGUAUCAAAUACUUGUUCUCCCCACUGUAUACUAUGGACAUUUUCUGAAAUUACAAUGCAGAAAUUCUAAAGAAAUCCUGUGUGUAGCACCUUUUUUAAAGUGAACAGAUUUAAAUGGUUUAAGGUCGUCUUCUGGUUUUUGUUAUUCUGGAUAAUUUAGACCUGAAUUGACAAAAAUGGUCCUCACAAAGCGAUUCAACUCUGGGUGUUGAAUUUGACUGAACUUUCUCUACAAAAUGAGCCAUGUGGUUCUAUCACUUGCAUUAAAGCUAGUGAGGUUUUGCUUUAACUAAUGUACAAACAUUAGCAUUGGUGACUAGAUUACUGAUUUGUACAUUAGCAGAACUAUGUCAGUGUCCCUGAUUUUGCUUCAUUUUAAUUCCAGCUAGUGCAAAAUGCUGCUGCUAGAAUAUUCAACAAGAUCUACAAAAAGUGAGCAUGCAUAUCUAGUUCUGCUUCAUCCCAUUGGUACCAGUGCUAUUUAAUAACCACUGUCACCAGCGUUUUCAAACAGCUUUUUAAUGGCAUGGCUCUCCAAGGAAUGUGCAUCUAUUCUGUGCGCUCCACAUAUCCACGGUUUACCUUCGAGUCUUUUUCAAUCCAGUUUUAAAGGGAUAGUUCACCCAAAUUACAAAAGGACAUUGAUUUCCUUACUCUGUAAGCAGUCUAUGGACGGCUUUGGUUUAGUUUCCAGUGUUCUCCCCAGGAUUUCUUUACAAGAUGGUGCUGCUCGGUACGGCCAAGGGGAGACCUGGAGAUUUAGUCUUAGUUGUAGUCUUAAAAUGCCUUUUUAGUCUUAGUCACAUUUUGAGUCAUUUCAUCCUUCAUUAGUUUAUUAUUUGUUGUCUAAAACUCUGGACAAUUUUAGUCUAGUUUUAGUCAGACAUUUUUGUCACAUUAAUAGUCAGUGCAUUUUUUUCUAUUAAAUUAUGAAUAUUUAGGCUACCUCUAACUUCCAUCUUGUGCACAUUCAGAUAGCCUUGGCCAAGUAGGCCUGCUAACCCCUCCUAUACCUUAGCUGGCAACAUUGAUAUUGUGUCAGAUUAUAACCAAUGCCAGCCAUAAUUAACCAUAUAGGCUAUAAAGCCUUGGCUACAGGUUAAACAAUUUACAGCUCUGAUUUCCUCCCCAUCAGAACUGUCAAGGGGGUAAAUAACUGUGGUUUCCUCCCCAUCAGAACUGUCAAGGGGGUAAAUAACUGGUUUCCUCCCCAUCAGAACUGUCAAGGGGGUAAAUAACUGUGAUUUCCUUGAAAAGGGGAGAAUGAGCUUUACUAAAAUGCCUGAAGUAUUACUGUACUAUGCUGUAGCAUUACUGUACUAUGCUGUAGUAUUACUGUACUAUGCUGUAGUAUUACUGUACUAUACUGUAGUAUUACUGUACUAUACUGUAGUAUUACUAUACUCAUAAUAUUCAACAAAUAGGAUUCCUUUUUCACAUUGGAAAAAGGCAACCGCAACUCGCAUUUGCGGACUGCGGCACAAGAACGGCAACAUGGAUGAAUGAAUAACAGCGUACAUUUCUGAUGUGAUCAAAGCAAAAAUAGCCUAUGUGAAUAUAAGCGAGAGUAAACAUUGUUUCUAGUCGAGGUUAGUUACAAGUCAAGCCUUCGCAUCAGUUCAAAAGAUUGACGAGUGACUGAAGUGUCCGCCUGGGAGCUGUGUGGGAGAGCUGGGCAGAUCAGCUCAAUCAGACUGCACAACUGAAAGAUUCUGCCAAUGAGAGGAUUGCAGGAAAUAUACUCCAUGCAUGCUUAGGAUUGGACAAAACAGAUGAAAAGGAGCUUUGUCAAAUUAAAUGACCAUUAGUCUCACAUGGAAUUAUUGUCUCGUCGUCACAUUUUCAUAAACUAAAAUGAAAAGUAAUUUGUAAUAGUUCAUUUUUUUCCAGGACAUCUCAUCUCGUUAUCGUCAGUUUUAGUCAGGGAAAAAUAGGUCAUUGACAAGUAUUUUUUGUGAUUGUUGAUGAAAUUAACACUGUUGCUGUCAUACCUUAUCCAUAGACUUCUUACAGGUUAAGGAAAUCAAUGUGUUAUUUUGAAAUUUGGGUGAACUAUCUCAUAAAAAAUGUAUUUGUCAUUUUAGAGCUUAAUAGGGUGAGAAGUACUGUUCUCUCUAUCUCAUCAAGGAUGGCUGGAUAGUUUUGUUUCUUUAUUAUUUUAUUAUCAGUAUGUUCAACAUUUUCUUUAUUAUAGAAUUGAGCAAAGCCCAUAUCACGGUAACUGUAUAUGUAGCCUAUGCAAUGGUUUCAAAGUGUAUCAUGGUUGCAAGGGGACAGUAUAGAUAACUACAGGUAGGCUAACUGCCAAAAUAAAGGAAAGACCAACAGAAAGUGUCUUAAUAGGGUGUUGAGCCGCCAGAACCGCUUCAAUGCGCCUUGCCAGAGAUUCUACAAGUAUCUGGAACUCUAUUGGAGGGUUGCGACACCAUUCUUCCAUGAGAUAUUCCAUCAUUUGUUUUUUUGUUGAUGGGGGUGAAAAAUGUUGUCUCAGGCGCCGCUCCAGUGUUCGAUUGGGUCUGGUGACUGAGACACACACACACACACACACACACACACGCCCUUUAGACCCCCUAUGCUCCUUUGAGACCCCUCUUUCAAAGUCACUGAUGUAUCUUCUAGCCAUGGUAGCCAAAAUAUUAAUAAUAAUAAUAAUGGGCAACUGGGCAUAAUAUACAUGACCCUAAGCAUGAUGCUUAAUUAACUCAGGAACCACACCUGUGUGGAAACAUCUGCUUUCAAUAUACUUUGUAACCCUCAUUUACUCAUGUGUUUCCAUUAUUUUGUCAGUUGCCUGUAUGUGAAGCUACUUCGACUAAAUGAUCCAUCAGUGGUCAGAGGUAAACGUUGCAUGCUUCACAACCAUCACAGCAGUUAUGUCUGCUUACAUCAGAAAUAUCAAAGGUUUGAAGCUUGAAUUUACCUUUGUAAAAGAGUGAGUAGAAACAUAUUGUCCAACAAGUGAAGUGAAAAGUGUCUUAGGAAUUGUCCAAAAAAAUUAUAAUGAUAGUACAUGCAUACAUUUAUUAUUAAUACACACCUGAGAAAAGCUCUCCAUAGUCCAUACAGAUUGAUGAAUAGGAUUUUUAGGCUUCCUGGCAGCCGGAUAACUGGGCCCCCUUAUGCUGGUGACUGACCAGUCUUCUGACCUAACUGUUGUGUUUUCUACUCCACCAGGCCCCCCCUCUCUAUAGAAGCUCUCUCUGAAACCGCUGAGAAGGUGGCGGGGAUCCCUGCUUACCUCCCCAACUGUCUGAUGCUGAAGGUCUCCAUCAGUAGGGCCAGAGAGUGGCUUCAGGAAGCUGAGGCACUUCAGGUACGGAAGAAUAAAACACGUUUUCACACAGAUGUCAUGUCAGUUGAAUAAUAUUAUUUUUAUACAUGAUUUUCAUAGAAACAAUGCUUCUACUUUGACAUGUUAUAAUGUGUCAACUUUAUGUAUAGAAAACUUGAAUUCUGUGUACUCUUUCAGGAUGAAGAUUCCAUUCCAUUGUUUUACAACCUCUCUGAUAUGGUUCUUCGAGGACAAGACAUCCCAGUCCAGCUUGGCCCUCUAAAGCAGCUGGAGUCACUGGUGGCAGAGGUGCAGGCCUGGAAAGAGUCUGCAGCUAAAACUUUCCUCAUGAAAAACUCUCACUUCACUCUGCUUGAGGUAAUGUUCUAAUGGUUGUAAUGCACCACUCUCUGAAAGUGCCAUGAGUGAUGUACAGUAUACAGCAGUUUAUUUCCCAGAAAUGCAGUCACCAGAAUUCAUAAUUUGUUCUUGUCCACAGGUUCUGUGUCCAAGAUGUGAAGUUGGAGCAGGUUCUCCGAAAAGGAAGUCUAAAAAAGGUAAAGAUAUCACUCAGCACAGCAAGAAGAAGAUGGUGAAGCUAGACUGUCUCAGUGAUGUGGAAAAAGCCCUCUCAGAGACCAAGGACUCUGCCUCUGCUGUAAGUCCACCUACACUGGCCAUUUCUCAACUGAAUACAUUUUAUUUUAUUUUUUACUCAAUUUAAAGAGUACAGACCUUCUCUUUCUCUACUUCUUUCUAGUACUAUAGUACUGGAUAUGUACUGUACCUCAAUGCAUGUUGGACAUGAACUUGCAUUAAAUUAUAUUAAUUUAAACAUUUUUACAUUUCUUUACUAGCUGGCAACACUUGGGGAGGUGAGGUUACGGGAGAUGGGGGCCCUCUCCUCCCUCCGGGCAGCUAACGAGUCCAAGCUCCUCCCCACGGCAGACUGCAUGGACCUGAAGGUGUGUGUGUGUCAGAAUCCCCCCAUGGGAGCCAUGUUACAGUGUGAGCUCUGCCGGGACGCCUUCCACAGCGUGUGUGUGAGGGCUCCCUCAGACUCCCGUUCAGCCCAGGCCUGGCUGUGCCCGCACUGCCGACGCUCGGAGAAGCCCCCCCUGGACAAGGUCCUGCCCUUGCUGGCUUCGCUGCAGCGUAUCCAGGUGCGUCUGCCGGAAGGCGAUGCGCUUCACUAUUUGGUUGAGAGAACAGUCAGCUGGCAACAGCGUGCGCGACAGGUCUCUUCCUCCUGUGGUCUACCAGACCUGGAGGAGAGCUUUGCAACUCCACCAUCUCCGAAUGGAAAGGUCAGUCGGUCAUACACCUCUUCUGAAUUGUAGAGUUAUCUAUCCAUUUUAAAGUGAUAUAAUUCAGAAUUAAGAGACAAUUAUAAUGCUAAAUGACCAGAUUAUUAUUUUUAUUUUUUUAUACAGCCAACAUGUUUAUCUCCAGAGUGGAACAGGACAACUCAUGAUCAGAUGGUCUUCUACACCGAGCAAAGAUGCAUUCCUCUGCAGGGUCAGUUCUGCGGUAUAAAGCAUUGUUGUAGAAUCAUUUGCAAUUCUUAUCACCAACUGGACUUCUUGAUAACAUUAUUUUAUUGAUUAGCUAAUUAAUUUAGUAUUUGAAAUGCACUCUACUGAUGACUACUGAUGUUAUUUAAGCAGCUACAGUAGGUUGAACCCAUUCUCUUUUACACUAACAACCUGGCAUGUGCUGUGCUGCUGCAGAUCUUAGUGUGGAGCUGGAGGAGCUGAUGGUGGAAGGGCUCCUGCUGCAGGUGUCUCUUCCAGAGAUCACACAGCUCUACCAUGUGUUACUGAACGGGCUGAGAACGCAUCACACCAACGGACGCACGUCACCGCAAGAUGACGACCUCUCAGACUGUGACAAACUCAAGCAGUGCAACUCUCAGGGAAGAAGCUCUCCACAAAAGGAGGUUUGUGAGCAUGCUAGCUAUCAAAUACAUUUAAUUCAAUUAUUUGUAUGAUUGACCCAUAAAAGCAUUGGUUUAUUACUGUUACGGUAUCACGACUGUUGAAAAUAAGAAAUACAGUUUACUUAGUUUAAGAUGUUAUGUUUUCAAUCUCUUCAGGAUGGGCUGAAAAAGGAAGUAGUGAACGGAGCAGAGAAGGCCAAGCGACGCCUGGAGAGAGAGGCUGUAGAGCCAGAGCGCAGGGACAAGGCCAAGAAGUUCCGGGACAAGGCCAAGAAGUUCCAGAACAAGAGACAGAAAAUGAACAAAGAGAAGAGCCUGGAACGCAAGGCGGCAUCGACCUCCUCGUCUCCUCGCUCCGACUUCUCCCAGUCAGACGACUCUGAAGAGGAGAUGUGUCCAGCAGAGGGAUGCCAGCAACCUGAAGGAGAUGAGGUCAGUAUCACUUUUUUGAUAAAUCACUCACUGACAACAUAACAUAAUAAGAAAAUAUAAAAUAAGAUAAGCAAUACUUUAUUAACUGACAACCUUAUUGACUGACUGGUAGAGUGUUGGAGUUUAAAUAAAAGAGAGGGAAAGAAUUCUUAGCAGUUUGUUUGUAGAAGAGAUUGUAAAAUGUACUGAAUGUUCAGGUCCUUGUCUGGCUUAUGUCAAUUGGGUUAGAUUUUAUUCUAGAUUUAUUUGGCAUUUAUUUAUUUGGCCUUUUGAUUUAUUUCAGGUGGACUGGGUCCAGUGUGAUGGCAGCUGUAACCAGUGGUUCCACCAGGUCUGUGUGGGUGUGACAGCCGAGCUGGCUGAGAAAGACGACUAUGUGUGUGACAAAUGUACAAUAAGCGAUGGCCGCUGAGGAAGUGAGGAGAGACUGGAUGGAGAGUUUUGGAUGGAAAGCUGGAAGUCUGCCAGUUUUCGGCUUACUCCGUUAGCAAGUCAGUCACACAAGUCAGGAUGUGUCACAGACCCUGCCCUCAUACCCCCCCAACCCAGCCCUCCUUGUCCUCAUCCCCUUUGUAACAACGGUGCUAUCUGCUCUUUAUUGAGUUGUUGUCCAGAACUAUACUGUUUGGUUACUUUUUUGUAUUUUUACAUAUUUUUCUUUCCUCCUUUGAUCUGUUUGUGGUUGUUACAGAAUGUGGAGUCAGUGUGCUGCAUGGGUUUCCAUUGCAUUGGUUGGUGUAAAAGGAGUCAAACAAUAAGUUACCCUGUAAAAAUCAAAGGGGGUGUGGUAUAUGGCCAAU